AAAAGAGGAUUAUGUCCAUAUGGAGGAGGAUUGACAUCCAUUUCCACACUGAGAAGACUGUGUUAUACCAUCCAGUUUUGCCUUUGGUCAUCCCCACACCUCAGACGCCUGUGCAGAUUCAACAGGACAUUGACCUGGAUCUCACACAACAGCUCAUGGAAAGGAAAGGCCCUCUGACACAAAACAACGUCACUGGAGAGGGAACUGUAGUGUCAGGGAAGGCGUCUGGAAGAUGAAUCUGGGAAUAAGCCAAUCACUCCAAGCUACAUCACUUUGCGUGGCUGAGUUUUAUCUCCGGUCAUUUUCAGUACAGCUGAUGAGUCUUAAUAGAGGAAGAACUUCUGUGUAGAAUCCAGUAAAUUAAAAAAAAACAAACAACCAAACAAAAAUCGAACAAAACUACCACCACAGUUCUGCGGGGAAAAACUGGAAUUGUAUUUCCAUAAUACGGACCUUUCCCAGAAAGGCGUGGGUCAGCGUGAAAUGCAACACCACCCAUCUGCAAGGGAGUGUGCCCAGUUCAACACCACCCAUCUGCAAGGGAGUGUGCCCAGUUCCUCACAGCCUUUUCCAUUUUCGUCAUUUGCCAUCUCUUGAAACCUUCCACCGUGACAACUCACACCACAACCCAGCUCCUACUCAGUGGGAGCUCUGGGACACUGGGGCUGCCUGGAAUUGGGAGGGAGAAGACACAGGUGGCAGGGGCAGUGGGUGAUGAGUAGGAGAAGUCACCUCCUCCACCUCCCCUCUGUGAAACAAUGUGUACAACUGGAACGAAGCCUCAUUUUUCCCUUCCAGCAGCAACUCAAGGUGUGAUCCACGUGCAGCGCUGUUGGGAUCUUAGGGCAAUGCCUCAGGUUCUCAACGCUGGCCUGUCUUGACGGCCUUCAGCCCCUGGUGACUCUGACUUGUUGUCCUCACAAGCCUCAAGUGACAUCACUUGCCCUUUCCCCAGGGGCUGGGAACCCAGCAAGGUGCCACUGGCACAGGUGUGAUUUGACAUGACCACUGCUCUGCCCUGGGAGAGCGACACUUGUGUGUGAACACCUCUGCACAGCGCUUCUCCAAAUGUUUGUGCAGGAAGAGCCAUAAAUGGGGCUGUGUUGACCCCAAGAUGCAAUCCAAGUGUUUGAGUCUAGGCCUUAUCUACAUCCCCUUAUCAGGAGGAGGGAGCACCGAUGCACCCCGGGAAGGGAGGGGACUGUGCACACCACAGGGAACGGCCUCGUCCCUUCUCCCCUGGCACGGGGAGGGGACUGUGGGCAGAGCUGGGUAAUGAUUUGUCAUCGCGAGGGCCGGGGUGUCUCUCUUUGCAGAGGAAACCUUGGCCGUGAUUGACAGCAGGGCUGUUUUUUGCCGCUUCCCUCGCUGUUGUCAAGUAAUAAUGAAGCUUUGUCAGUCCAUCAUGGACAUGGAUAUGCCAGAUUAUGUGGACUCCUUGGACUCCUCUUACACCAUGCUGGAAUUCGACAACCUCCGGGUGCUCCCCAAUAACACCGAGGCCAUCGCAGCUGAAUCAGCAAACACCAACCUGCUCCCCAACGGUGUCAGCUCCCUGUGCUCCAUCUGCGGGGACCGGGCCACCGGCAAACACUACGGGGCCUCCAGCUGUGACGGCUGCAAGGGCUUCUUCAGGAGGAGUGUCCGCAAGAACCACGUCUACUCCUGCAGGUUCAGCCGACAGUGUGUGAUAGACAAAGACAAGAGGAACCAGUGCAGGUACUGCAGGCUGAAGAAGUGCUUCAGAGCUGGCAUGAAGAAAGAAGCCGUGCAGAACGAGCGCGACAGGAUCAGCAUCCGCAGGAGCAGCUACGAGGACAACGGCUCCCUCUCCAUCCACGUGCUCACCCAGGCUGAGGCCAUGGCACAGCAGUAUUUAUCCCUGAGCCCGGUGCACAGCACGGACAUUGCCAUGAAGAAGGUUGCAACCAUCAAUGAUGUGUGUGAAUCCAUGAAACAGCAGCUUCUGGUGCUGGUGGAAUGGGCAAAAUACAUCCCAGCGUUCUGUGAGCUCCCACUUGACGACCAGGUUGCCUUGCUCAGAGCCCAUGCAGGGGAGCACUUGCUCCUCGGGGUGGCCAAGCGGUCCAUACCAUACACUGAUUUUCUGUUGUUAGGGAAUGAUUUCAUCAUCCCAAUGCACUGCCCAGAACUGGAAAUCGCUCGUGUGGCCACCAGAAUCCUGGACGAGCUGGUGAAGCCCUUGCGGGACAUCCAGAUCGAUGACAACGAGUACGCCUGCCUGAAAGCCAUCAUCUUCUUUGAUCCAGACUGCAAAGGCCUGAGUGAGCCUGGGAAGGUGAAGAACAUGCGUUUCCAGGUGCAGGUGAACCUCGAGGAUUAUAUCAACGACCGCCAGUACGACUCCCGGGGCCGCUUCAGCGACAUCCUGCUCCUGCUGCCCCCCCUGCAGAGCAUCACCUGGCAGAUGAUAGAGCAGGUCCAGUUCAUGAAACUCUUUGGAGUGGCCAGGAUCGACAGUCUGCUGCAGGAGAUGCUGCUGGGAGGAACCACCGUUGAUGUCCAGUACCAGUCAGGACCUCCCAACCUCAACCUGGAACCGCUGCCAGGACAUGUCCUCCAAAGCAACAUGAACUCUGUGAUUCACACAGCUCCAGACCCAUCUCCUGAAACAUCCCUUCCAUCUCCUUCUACAAGCACAGGCAGUGAAGACUAUAAACUAGGUCCUAGCGCAGGACCCAGCGCCGUAGCACAGCUCUUGCCUCAGACAGUGAUGCCCAAGCAGGAGAUUUUAUAGGGAGAGGUGGAAGGAGAAGCUGGGAGCAAUGUGGAAACCAUGCUGACAGUGAAACGGGCCCUUUCUCUUUGCAGAGGCAAAGCACAGCACCCCCCUGCCCGCAGCCGGACCCGUCGCUCACACCCUGUCCCGGCCGUGACUCAAGCACCAGGUCCCAGCCUGCAGCAGCAUCCUCACCUUGGGGACUCCCACCACCUUUGCACAAGGGAUUGGGGUUCAUGCUCUCCCCAGCAGGACCAAGAGUGCAAGCUCUUCGGAGCAGGGCUUCCGAUUGCGUUUGUUAUCGCCUUGCUUGGUGCGAUCACGACCCUUUUAAAGCCUUCAGCCACUUUCUUCAUCCAAACAAGUGCCUUGCACAGCUCCUGGUAAUCACUAACAUGUACAGCGUGUCCUGAAUUGGUAUGGAAAGGUCUAUUCCCAUCAAAAAUUUAAUUACACUCCCUUCUCCUGCUGCAUGUUAAGCUUUAGGAAUAUCUUCAUAACCUUUACCAGGCCAAACGUUUCUUAUUCCACACAGAGGUGCCUUGUUCCACACAGGCCAGCCAACAUUUAGUGCUGGUUAGUUAUUAUUUAUGAUCAGGAAUGCCAACAUUUUGUCAUUUUCCAUCAUUCCCAGUAUAUGUGGAGCCCAGUUGUAAGUCAUUUGAUGGAUCUUCUAUUUUGUGAGCACUUCUAACACAGCUCCAAGAGGGCAGCAAGGAUCUCUGCCCCACUCCGUGGCUGCUGGUCUGGGAAACCCUCAGCUCAAGGAACUGUUGACUUACCCAAUCCCUGCUUUGUGCAACACACAUAACAAAAAAUGCCCCAAAACACAUUUUCCCAGUACACAGAUAUGAUUUUGCUGUAGUUUCCUGCUUCUUUGUAGUAUCUGCAACCUAAACUUCAGAGCUCAAAAUUAGCCAAAAAAGGAAGAGGUAGAUCUUCUGUGAACCACUUAGAAAAAACUGUUUGUAUUUAAAACAUUAGGUGUUUCUGCACUUAAUGUAAAACUUAAUCAGUGGUAGGUGGCCAACCAUUAACCAUGUUACAACUGGUUAAAUAAGCCCAACCAUGACUGUACAGCCUCAAGUGUUCCUAAAGCCUGGUAUUUGUGUUGUGGAGUGGAUUUCAAUGAAUGGGACUUCAUUAGAAAGCAGAGUAUCAGAGCUCUACAAAACUUACGCUCAUUUGUACAAUGACCUCUGUCAGACAGCUCUGGAGGGAGCAGGAGUGGCCACACUGAACAUUAGGACAUGAUGGAAAACUCUUAGUGCUGUCCCAUUGGAUAAAAUCCCAACCCACGCAUGGCCUUGUUCACGGCAAAACUGAGAUGAUGGUGCCCAGUGGUGGCUUUUUGAAGCACUUGGAGCUCCUUGAGGGAAGAACACCAUGGAAAUGGGAUCUUAUCAAUUCAAAGAGAACUUGAGAGGAGCAUCUGAACUUCCACUAGAAGUGGAACACUCAGUAUUCAUUCCUUGGGGAGAUAUUUAGUGUUGCCAUUCUACAGCACCAGAGAGAUCUGAAAACCAUCAAAGACUGGGUUGAAUUUCACCUGGAUCACAAUGUUUUAUUUUUCUCCUGCCUGUGAUGAAUUUGAUCUGACAUUAUAUGCUGAUAACUUCCAUUUGAAACAGCUCUGUCUGGAAAGCAGGUUCCCCUGGAAGCAUUCCUGCUGCAUGACAGAUGCAACUGCACCGAGCCAACAUUGCUCCCAGUUCCUCCAGCAGGUCGAUUACAUUCCUUUUCAAGACAUUAAAUGUACAUUUAUACUCGUUAAUGGUAAGAAAAUAAA